AUGAAGGCGGAUCCCAACGGCGGCAAACCCCCAGUCGCGUCCAGCAUGGGCCUGAACCUGCCGAUACGCGGCCCGCCGCCGAGCUGCCGCAACCAGGACAGUCGAAACUACUUUACGAGCUACACGCCGCCCAGCUCAACCGAGGCCAUCAACGGGCCGGUCAGGAAGCAGAGAGAUCCGGCGCCGGUGAGUGACCGGCUCAUUGUUGGUGUCGACUUUGGCACCACGUUUUCCGGAGUCGCUGCCGUCUACACCUCGACACCCGACGACAUCGAAAUCAUCAAGACGUGGCCCGGUGGAAACGGCAUCACGUCGGACAAGGUCCCCACGGAAAUCGCCUACGACUCCCCUCCCGACCCCCCGUCCGGCGCAGAGCCAACGACGAAAUGGGGGUUUCAGUUUCGCCCCGACGAAUCUCGUCUGCGCUGCAUCAAGCUCUUUCUCGACCGGUCCCAGAAACUGCCCUUUUACGUCAGCCCCCUGGACACUGCCGCCCAGCUGAAGCGCUUCAACAAGAACGUCGUCGACGCCGUGAGCGACUACCUGACCCAGAUUUACAAGCACACAAUGGACACCCUCACCCGACGCUACGGCGAGUCCUUCAUGGCCUCGACCAAGGUCGAGUUUGUCCUGACGUGCCCGGCGGUCUGGAGCGACGCGGCCAAGAACACGACCCUGCUGGCGGCCGAGAGGGCUGGCAUGGGCAGCCGUUCCGAGAUUCAGAUGAUAAGCGAGCCUGAAGCAGCCGCUGUGUACACCCUCAAGGCCAUUCAACCAAAUCACCUGAACAUUGGAGACAACUUUAUCGUCUGCGACGCAGGCGGCGGAACCGUCGACCUGAUUGCCUACAAAAUCAUGUCGUUGAAGCCCUUGCGGGUGGAAGAGUCCGCCCUCGGAACCGGCGGGCUAUGCGGGAGCGCCUUUCUCAAUUACAGGUUCGAAGAGCACGUUAAAAACCGGCUUGGUGUGGGAAAGUUUGACGAGAUGAAGACGAAAAAGGGCAAGACUUGGCAGAUGGGGCUGAAGUACUUUGAGGAGUUUGUGAAGCGCAACUUUAACGAGGAUGAGUACCAGGAGAUUAACGUUCCUUUCCCUGGGCUUGCCGAUGAUGAAGAAGCUGGUCUCGACUCGGGAUUCCUAUUAAUGACGGCCGAGCAAGUCAAAGACAUCUUCGCGCCCGUUGUCAAGGAGGUGUGCGACCUGGUUCGCGGCCAGGUUGAAGGGCUCAGGGCAAAAGGAGGCAUCGUUUCAGGCAUCGUGCUUGUCGGCGGCUUCGGGCAAAGCGACUACCUCUACCGACAGCUAAAGGCGCACUUUACCAGCGCCGCUCCGCCGCCGUACAGCGAACGGCCGACGCACGCGAGCGCCAGUGCCACGCAGGAAAUGGGGUCAAUCGAGGUGAUGCAGCCAGUGUACGCCUGGACCGCCGUCGUCCGCGGCGCCGUCCUGAGAGGGCUGGAAGGCAACAUGGUGAUUUCGCGCAAGUCAAGGAUGCACUACGGAACCUCGUAUGCCACCGUGUAUGACGAAGAGAAGCACUCGGUCAGCGAGCGAUACUGGUCGCCUCUGUGGGAACGAUGGAUGGUUUCGGACCGGAUGCAGUGGCACAUUGCCAAGGGCGAAGCACUCUCUCCGCUGUCGCCGAUUGCGUUCCACUACACGCGGAAUUUCCGGCCGGGCCAGUCGCUGAUGGUGACGGACGACCUGAUAGCAUGCGAUGCGGACGAGCCUCCGGCGGCUCACACGCGCGAGCUGACGCACGUAUGCACGCUGACGACAGACCUGAACGCGGUUCCGCGCAGCUUGUUUACGCGGCUGACGACGACCCGCGGCGUGGAGUUUGACAACCUCGACUUUACGCUGGAGAUGGUUGUGGACAGCGCAGGGCUGGGGUUCGAGCUCAAGGUCGACGGGGUCCGGUACGGGCGCGUCGAGGCCGAGUUUCACUGA